AUGCCCCUCAUCAACCUCUACUUCACUCCUGCACUGGUGCUCCUAGGGCUCACCUGUUCUUUGUGGCCGAUGAGCCAGUCUCUGCCAGUGAUGAGCAACGGACCAAUGGCUGACUCCUGUGUUUCAUACGCAAGAACACUCCUAUUUAAUAUCACGGAUGUACUCAACCAGAAAACCCUGUUUAGUGGAAUUGACUGCACGAAGCAGAACAUGGAGCUGUACAAGGAGACCAGCACACCAUCAGUGUGUACACCACAGGGAUCAACAUGCUCUGGAAUCACCACAUCUACAUUUCAUAAGGAGUCGUGUGUGACAAGCAUUGGGAAAGAUCUGAACUACUACUACAAAUUUCUCACGGCUCAGCCUGGUCCUACUGUUCUGUUCAGUCUCCAAGAACUAAUGGAGAACUGCUUCAGCUCAUUUCUGCCAUCAGAUGUGGAAUUAAGGGAGGCUGCCGCAGAACUUGAAAGCUCCUUUGACCAAAGACUGCGUCUCUGCAAAGUGUUGAAGGGCUUCCAGGUCCGUGCCAUCACAAUCAGCCGAGUCAUCGCGUAUAUGAGCUCUGGCAUACACACUAAAUGA